AUGGACGUGGAGCGCGCCACCGGCACGGCGGUGUUUUGGACGCCGCACUCAUUUUACGACCCGAGGCGGCCGGAGCCCGUGGCCGUGGGUGCGCCAGCACCCAAUCCUUUCGAGUGGCCGCCGCGGCGGCGGAGGCCGGCCCGGCGGGUGCCGUUCAGUUGGCGGACGUACGAUCCCGAUCCGCCGGUCGUCGUCCCUGGAGCGGCGCCGCCGUACAGGAACGGCGGCUUCGGCGCCGUCCCGGCGUCGGAGAAGGCCAUCGCUGGCCUGCCCAGGACCACGGCCGGCGAGGCGAGGGAGAAGGGCUGCUCCGUGUGCAUGGAGGCCUUCGAGGAGGAGGACAUACUGAGGAGGCUGCACUGCUCCCACGCGUUCCACGAGGAGUGCAUCUCCGUGUGGCUCGGCGUCAGCCACCUAUGCCCGCUCUGCCGCUUCGCGCUGCGUACACAGGGCCAGGAGGACGAGGAGGAGCGUACGGGCCGCCAGUAG